AUGGGUACCUCUAUCGAACUGGGUCAAGAGUCCCAAUCCACCCCGACUAUUCAUGCGACCAACAACAGUAAAUCUUCACCUUCGGCUAACUCACUUGCUGAAGAAAACUUUCUCCCAUCUGUGUCGACUGCUCGUGCCAUUUCACAGGAAAGUUUACCUCUUUCCCCCAUCUCUUCUGUAUCUCUGCCCACUCUUGGUACUACACAUCCGGAAGCACCAGGAGAUGUAGAGCUCCACGCAAUUUCUCGCGUCAUAUCCGCCAGUGAAGCCUCAGAAACUCAAACUCCAGGGGAGCGUCUCGUCUCCAACCUAGCCCCCGUCGACCGGGGUUGGGGUGCAUGGAGCUAUCUUCUAGGCGCGUUCAUAGUAGAGACCGUCUCUUGGGCCUUUCCCACUUCCUGGGGCCUGUUCCUCACAGCAUAUAUGGCCGACCCCAACUUCGCCUCGAUCAAAGCGCAAAACCUUCUGCCGCUUGUUGGGACACUCAGUUCUGGUCUGAUGUACUGCUCUGGGCUAGAAGAUUAUGCGGACAAUAUCCUCUCCCUUCUUCUUCUGCAAGGUGUGCUGUAUGGCAUCGGCGGUUCGGUACUCUAUACUCCUUGUCUCUCCUAUCUCUCGGAGUGGUUUGUGGCCCGACGAGGCACCGCAAACGGAAUUAUCUUCGCCGGCACUUCAGCGGGGGGGAUCCUCUUGCCACUCGCUCUCCCAUAUCUCAUCGGACCGUAUGGUCCCCAGCUCGCGGUCAGGUACCUUUCCCUGGCCGUCCUGCUGAGUCUCAUUCCAUCUCUCUUCUUAAUCCAACCGCGUUUGCGAGAUCCUAGAGUUGUACGCACACCCGCGAUGGGACGAAGCGGGUGGUACAGGAACAGGGGAUUGUGGAUCCUCAUGGCCGCCAAUACUGUGCAGGCACUGGCCUAUUUUGUGCCUAUCAUUUGGCUGCCCACAUUUGCCUCUGCCCUUAACCUUACUGAUGAGCAAGGCUCCGUGGCGCUCAUUCUUGUCAAUGGUGUCUCUGUGCUCAGCCGUGUCGCACUCGGCAUGCUCGCAGACAGAUUCUCCCCCUGGGUGCUUGCGCUCACCACCCUGUCCUCAGUAUCGAUCACCACGUUUAUCAUUUGGGGCUACUUUGCAACAUCCCUCUCAACCCUUUUCUUGUAUUGUGUAGCCUACGGAAUCAUGGCUGGAGGGUGGUCCAGUUUAUGGACCGGUUUCCUGAGGCCUAUUACCCGAGACGACCCCGUCUCAUCCACAACUGUGCUUGGUUUCCUGCUUCUCUCACGAGGGAUAGGCAACGUCCUCUCCGCGCCGAUCUCGACAGCCCUGCUCCACCCGCAGCGAGGCACCGGGGGAAGCACCGGGUUUGAAGUGGGAGGCUCGAUGUUCCAGUCCCUUAUUAUCUACACUGGCGUCCUGUUUGCGGGAGCGGCGUUAUUGAUAGGGGUGGGGUGGGGAUUGGAAUGGUUGGUUGGCGAAAGGUCAGAUGAGGAUCGGCGCAGUCGCUGA